AUGGAGGACCUGACCCGGGCAGAGCUUCCCUGGGAGCAACUGGUGCUUUGCGCUGACCCGAACCGGGUGGCGCUACAAAAGACACUGCUGGAGUUCGACGCCCAGGGGCUGGUCGACCGACCAGGGCACCAGAACCCCGAGACUAUCCAGAUUCCCGGGGUGGAUGAGGUGACCGGCUGCGCUUCGAGUGCCUCCGGCGGGAGCGCCGCUAGCAGCAGGCCGCAGACGAGCGGCAUGGGGGCUGCGGGCGGCCCGGCGCAGAACGGUGGCGCGAGCGCCACGGGUAGCAGGCCGCAGGCCAGUGGCGCGGGCGCCAGGACGCAGAACAGCAGCGCGGGCGCCGCGGGUGGCAGGCCGCAGGCCGGCCGUGGGGCUGCCGCAGGCAACAGCCGCCAGGCCGGUGGAGGAGGUGCCGCCGGCAGUGGGGCGGCGACAGCGCCGGGGGACAAAGGGAAACGCCCCCGGACUUUCGUUCCUACACCGACGUCCUCGUCGUCGCUGUUGCCUCCGCGACAGCGGCCGCUGGCUGGCGGCGCGAAGGAGGGAGGUCGGGGCGGCCAAUCGUUCGGUGCGGGGUUUGUGACGGAGGUGGCAUCUACAGUUCUAGAACCCAAAGACCAAGGCCGGCACUCGAGCGGGUCUACAGCGAGUGCCCAAGCUGGCCAACCACUGGCGACAGGCACCCGGGCGCCAGAGCCCAGAGACCAAGGCCGGCACAGGAGCGCGUGUACAGCGAGUGCCCAAACCAGCCCGCCACCGGAGAAGGACUCCGCGGUGGCCCCGCAGAGCCCCCCACCAAAGAGGAGGUGGGAAGAUUCUGGGCCAAAGCCGUCGGGCCCGGAGUACAAGAUCCCGGAAUCACGAUGGCAAUACCGAAGACCGAAGACUGCGUAA